AAUCAUGUGAUUACCAUCUCAUGACUUAUUUAUAAAUAAGUUCGUGCUGAGCGUUGGUGAGCUUUUAUAGAAACAUGGGCUUUUAAUAUAAGAAAGGAGUUUCUUCUGUUCGAGACACUAGUUAUUGUCUUCGUGUAUCACAAUGGAACCUGUUGAAAGAAAGAUUUUCGUCGGAUUGUACUUGUUUGUUGUUAUCCUACAAGUUCAUUCAGACCAGGACCUGUCUUUAUGCUCAAAAUGUUCUUCUCCACUCAAAAACGAUUCUAAAGUUGUUUCUUACUGUGAAAGUGAUAAGUCCUUUGAAAUGUUUUAUCGAUGCUGUACGAACACAAACCACUCUGUUGUCUAUGGACUUGAUUUAACUGGUUGCAAAAUAAAAGAAUUGCACGGCAAAAUGUUUGAGGAAUAUUUAGACAUGGACAUUUUAACAUUAGAAAAUAAUGAAUUUACAAGCUAUGAAAAAAUAGAUUUCUUUGGUCUGAAAUCAUUAAAUUAUUUAUCUCUUCCAAAUAUCAACAGUUCCUGCCCUGGUGGUGCUGACAUGUGGGAUAAUAUUACAGUACAUGCAGAUUAUGUUGAAUGCAUGGACCAAGUUAAUACCUGUAUAUUUUACAAUUUAAGUUGUCCCUUAAACUCUAACUGCACAAAAGGAGGACCAGGUUAUGCCGAAUGCCAUUGUGAUCCAGGUUAUUAUGGCUAUAAAUGCAAAAGAACUGGUCACUUCCCUAUGGAUGUCUAUGGUAUCUCAACUGCUGCCGGAGUUAUUUUAGUCUCAGCUGUAUUCUGGUUUACAGAGAGAAGGAAAAUUGGGACACUUUAAGAAGGAAGAAACAAAAAAGAAAAA